ACACCCUUCCUGCUCAGACAAACACUUUCAAGAGUGAACAUGAUGUUUGUGGCUUAAACAGGACAGUCUUGUGAAGUCUAUGUUGACGGCAUCAUCCGAUAACAGCAACAGCUCACUCAACGACUGUGGAAUAUCCAUAACAACAGUCUACAAUAACAGCAGCAGUUGGAGGUUUUGAGCUGAGGCAGGGAGCGGAGGCAGCAGCAGGGAAGAGGAGACGAGACAAGAGGAGUGGAGGAAGAAGAGACCCACAGCAACUCCAGGCAGCCGGAGAGACCCCGCUCAGUCAUGCGUCCCAGGUCCAGAUUACUGGCUAAACGCGGCCUUCCCACCAUCAGGGAGGGCUAUGAGGAGCUGGUGCAGGACCUGAACCAGACCAACAGCCAGCACACCACCACACAGGACUACUUCCUCUCCAUCUGCCAUCUGGCCCGGCCCACCUUCCCUCUGCAUGAGCCCGACUGUGACAUCCUUUCCAUCAGCCCUUUGGAUUCCCCAAAGCCCUGCCUAAGACUGCACCGCCUGCAUCAACAUCUGCAACCUUCACUGCCCCACACCUCCACAAGCAGCGACCAGACAGUUGAACAAGCCUAUAAAGAGAAAGAUAACGUCAGAUCUGCUCUGUCAGAACCUCUGCAGGCCCACGCCGCCCCAGAGGAGGACAACGGAUGCAGAGGUGACACCCCAGGCCCUGCAGAUCCGCUGGAGUACCUCUACAGCCACAGAGGUGCUCUAGCGCUCUCCACCAGAAGGGGCAGCAUUCCUCCACGCCGGCCACGCAGCGACACCUUCCCAUGCGGUUCCUCUGUGCCUGACGCCCAGCGGAAACGCAGCUGCCCAGAGCUUUGCCUGCCCGAGAUGGUCCCAGCGGCGACGGUCCUGCAGCGGUCGCCACUCAGCAGGAAGAAGCUUGAUGAAGCCAGUUUGGCCUCACGUAGUGGCAUUCCCAACAAGCUUGACAGCGCCCCUGCUGGUUGGAGGGGAAAGAGCAGUCGUUGCAGUGACAAACAGACCAUAGUGUCCCACUGGAUCUCAGAGUGCCGCAGCGCAUGGAAGGAAGCCCGCAUUCGCGCAUGCAUGCUGCCCGCCAUUGCCGAGAAGUAAUGUACGCCUGCAAAAAUCUCUUUCCGGUGAGGUUGAAUAUCACACAGAGUAACGUGGAUUAUUGUGGAAUUAUUACUUUGCACUUCAGGUUUAUAUGCAUAUACAUUUUUGAUGUAUUUUUAAACUUGUGACCCUAUAGAUGGUGCCGUGUUGAUAGCACACCAUAGUGUAGAGUUACAAUGAAUGUCAAUGAUGACUGAGUCAGUCCAGUAAUGUCCAGUCGUGAUCAAUAAAUGCAUUGAUUGUUGGAUGCCUUUAACAUUGUUUGGUGAGAUUUAAAAAAUAAAAAAAAGCAUAAUCAAAAUUGCAGUUCUAAUAUAUGAAACCCAAUGUAGUUUAAAGAUUACAGCAAUCCAUAAUAUUCGCAGAUAAGAAUCUCACUGUGUCCACAACUAUAUUUGGCUGGGCAAAUUUAGUUUUAGCAAAUUUGCAUAUUAGGCAGCUACUGUGAUGCAGAAUGAAUAUGCCAUGCUUCCUUGAAAUGUCAUCAAACAUUUGAUGACAUUUCCAAGAUUUUUUUAGGAAACAGGUUCAGCAAACACUGGGAUUAUGACUAGGAUUAGGACCUAUUUCCACCAUGGAUAUGUUCAGAGAUGUUAUAUCCAAUUUUUUUUCUAUAUAACGUCUUGAGUAAGUGCUUUUUUGUUCACUGGUAUUUCGCAACAAAAUGACUAAGCUGUAAUAAUUCACUGCCACCUUCUGACAACAAAGACAAAAUGAGUCAUGUUGAAAAUGGCUAUCAUGUUUGUUUUCAGGCCCUUGUGUUGCAGUUUUAAAAAAUGGAGCAUGGUGUAGCAGCUUGCAAGCACAAAUAUCAGCUUUAGAGUGAACUAGAUAGUCCAGUUGGAGGAUAAAUGAUUAAAUAUCCUGGGUAGGAAUCACCUUUGUUAAACAACAGAACAUACAAUGAAAAAUCUGACCUACAUCAUUUCGAUAUUCAGAACUACGGCAAAAGGCCAAUGUAGAACUGCACUGUUAUCAUGUUAAGACUGUUUGUACACACCCAGAAAAUCCUGUUUUCUUUGCUUUGAUUUGGUGUUUCAGUAUUCUGAGAUUGUCUUACUAUUAAAAGAUUAAUUAGUACGGUUGCAUGUGAAUUUGUAAAUUAUUUUGUAUUCAUGCAUAUGAAAUUUCUUUAAAUUAUUGUUAUGGAUGUAAUGAUUUGAGAGAAACUGUAUAUUACACCAUAUGAGAAAAGGAAAAAUCCGUUGUUUGUAAAUUUUCAGCAACCUUGUACUUUUUUUUUUCUUUUCACUUUUUUAAAUUAAUAAAAUGUCUGUGUUUUA